AUGGAUUGCUAUCUGAACUUCGACGAUCACCCUCAACUCGAAUGCAACCAAAUUGCCCAGGCCGUUAGGUUGGCAGCUACUGCCGUGUCAUCAUCCCUCGUAAUGUCCAAUCUCUUCCUCGUUUACUUUACUCCAUGUCUUCACCCCCUUCCUGUCUAUCCGUCUUCCUGGGAGGUUCUGGAGGGUGUAGAGGCACUUGUUGAAACUGUUAUCCCAUGA